GGUUGCCUUUUCACCCCGUGGAACUUUUCUCCUUGGCAGGAAGCCUACGUGGAAUACUUAAAGAGCAUCAGUUACAUUGCCCAGGUCCUCCUGGAAGAGGCUGCCGCCAUGACUGGGGAUGAAAAUGAUGUGGCGGCUGAUACUCCCAAGAUGCUCAAAGUAGCGGAGCAGUGCCUGGAAAGAGCCAAGAGCAGCAUUUCUAAAAUAGGAAAAGCAAAGGCCAGGCUGGUGGUGGAGAAGAAGGUGGGCCCUGCUCCUGUCUCCCGGCACCGCCGAGUCUCCUCUGAUGAAGGCAGGAAGCUGUCGCCUUUCCUGCCUCCUGAGAUGUUCCAAAAGCUGCAGAUCACUGAAGUGCAGAGCCCCAGGAACAGAGAGCUCAGCCCGCUGGAGGAGGCGUCGCUGCAAAACCAAAAGCUGAGAGCCACCUACGAGGCCCGACUGGCCCGGCUGAACCCCAGCCAAGCAGUGCAGAAGACCUCUCUGACGCUUUCUCUACAACGUCAGAUGAUGGAGAAUUUGGUGAUCGCAGAAGCCCGGGAAGAGGCGCUCCAGAGGAAGAUGGAGGAGCAUCGGCUGCGGUUGCAGGAAGCUGCCAACAGGAGGUUCUCCAGCAAUGCAGUGCUGACCCCAGAAGAGCAGGAGCAGCGGGCCAUCUACGCUGCCAUCCUGGAGUACGAGCAGGACCACGACUGGCCAAGGUUGUGGAAGGCCCAGCUGAAGGAGCACCCCAGUGACCUGUCCUUGGUGCCAAAGCUUCUCUCCCACCUGCUCAGCUUUGCAGAUCAUCCCAUCUGCCAGCUGCUGAAGAAGCUGCAGUGCUCGGUCUACAAUCGCGUCUAUCCUCUUGUCAGCCAGAGCGCCGCAGAUGUCUCCCGUGGCGGGUCUCUCUCCUCCUCGCUGGAUGCAGAGCCCUUCCGGCCAUCGGCCACCGAGGGACGGAGGUUGCGCUCGUCCCAAAGCCUGCACUCAGUGUUUUCUGUCCAGGAACACAACAAGCUGAACCUCCGGCAUAGCAUCUCUGGCACCCCCUUCAUUGAGGACCAGAGCCUGCUGCUUCCCCCCCAAGAAGAAUGUGUGUCCUCCCCAUUGGCUGACCGGGAGAGCUCCUUCGAAGACCUGGAGCAAUUCUUGUCAGCCUCCGAAGCCCGGGCAGCAGGGCCCUUGCAAGAUCCCCUAGCUGGGAAGAAGGGCUCCCAACAAGAGGCCCUCAAGGCAAUAGUGAAGGACAUUCACAACUCCAUCGACAGACUGCUGUCCCUGAUGCUGCUGGCUUUCGAAGGCCUCAACACGGCGGCCGCCAAGGAUCAGUGCCUGGCGCGGCUGGAGGAAGCCUUCUUUGGCCCACUCUGGGGGCCCCUCUUGGCUGUGUACAGGAUUGUUUACCAGGCCCAGGAGGAGGCUCUUUCCAGGAUCAUGGAGCUGCACAGGAAGACCUCGCCAGCAGAGAUGGGCAUCCCCUCCAAGCUGCUUCCCCAGGGCAGGCUGCCCACAGGGGAAGGGCCUCCCCCUUACUGCGCGGCUGUGCAGGAGCUGCUGCUCCUCCCGCUCAGCAGCUGCCCGCAGAGGAAGCUGGAGUGCAUAGUGCGGACCUUGCGGGUCAUCUGUGAAUGUGCGGAGGAAUACUGUGGCAGCUGGCUCCAGCCAGCAUCCGCUGCCAUCGGUGCGGAUGACCUCUUGCCCAUCCUCUCCUUUGUGGUCCUCAAGAGCAGCCUAUCCCAGUUGGUCUCCGAGUGUGCCGCUCUGGAAGAAUUCAUCCACGAAGGCUACCUGAUCGGGGAGGAGGGCUACUGCCUGACCUCCCUGCAGAGCGCCCUCUCCUACGUGCAGACCCUGCAGGGGCCAUCCCUCCAGAAGUAGCGGAGCUCCCGGCGGGGGGCCAGUGGGACUGCGCCUCCCUGCACCUCCUCACCUGGAUGACGCCUGCCUCGCUGCUCUUCGGAGGACUGCAGAAGGGAAACUGGCACCACGCCCCGGGGCUACCUCAUGCAAUAUUUGGGAGAGGGGUGUGCAUACAGCUUCGGGUGGCUCCAGCACCCGCUAGCAUAUGUGCGGCCCUGCAGGUCUAGUGGCACUGGGGCAGUGCUGGCUUGUGUCCAGGCGUGGUGUCACCAGACGCUUAGCACACCCCGUUGCAACAGCUGAGCCUUCCUGUGCUUCUCUGCCAGUGAGCAUGAAAAGAGAGCAGUGGGCUGCAUCCCAUUUCCCACCAUUACACUAAGAGUUGCUGCUGUAGCGCCACCCCUCCCGUCAGCUGCAGGCCAGCCAGCCGUCCAUCCACUGGGCAGCCUCUUCCUUCGGGAGGGUUGGCCAGUGGCAGAGCCGACGGUCUGCUGACCUGGCGCCUCCUGUCUCCCCCUGCCCCGCAUGACCCCUUCCUGUAUGGCAGCUGCUUCAACCCUGCGGGUCUGUGGCAGAGCGGAUCUGUUUCUGCACAUCGGAGGACUAUGUGGCCACUUUCUCCUUGCCUCAAUGGGAGCCACCGCUGGGGUUUUUACUGCGUUAGGGGAAGGAGGGGUGCACACACCUGCACCAGGAAAGAGGACGAACCUGUCUGCUCACCCUUCCCCGCCCCCAAUUUUGAUCAGUUUAGAUUUUCAAGUUCCUCUGAUCAAACAGGAACGACCCUAUGUGAAGAGGAGAAUGCCUGAAUGUGAACUUUUCCUUGUGGGACUGUGCAUUGUCUACUGAGAGGGGGGAGAGCUUGAGGGCCAGGUGAUGGGAGGCCGGGCCACAGAGUGGAUUCUCAGCAGGAGUUUGCACAAGCCUCUGAGGCUGCUCUCAAGCUGUGGUGGAACCAGAUGGCAGCCAUAUGAGGGGGCGGGGAAGGAAGGCAGGGACCCCUCCUCCUGUGUAGCGCAGCUGUGGCAGGAUCCUGGGGAGCGCCUUGGGUUCUGCUGGUCCCGAGAGGCCUCCUCUCCGCUGGAUCCUAGGAAGCAGGGGCCCCAUUGCAACUACAGGCACUCAGCACCGGUUUUCCUUCUGGGUGGUGCCCCUGCCUGGCCUUCCACCGCCUUCGGAGCCAGGAUCUCUCCUUCCUGUCCUGACUGGCUUCACUCCUGGAAGCUGUUUGGUAAUAAACCUCAUCUUCUCCCUGCUCA